AUGGGAGCGGGGUGGGGCGGGGCCCGGGCCGAGGCACGUGCGGCCGCGCACGUGUCCGCGUGGGGCCGCCGCGGGCGGGGCGGGAGCGGCACCGGGGACACGGAGACCGGGACAGCGGAACAGCGGCACGGGAAACGGGGCACCGGCACCGGGACAGCGCGAUACCGGCACCGGGGCACCGACACCGGAACACCGGCACCGGGACACCGAUACCGGCACAGCGAUACCGGCACCAGGACACCGCCACCGGAACACCGAUACCGGCACAGCGACACCGGCACCGGGACACCGCCGCCGGAACACCGAUACCGGCACCGGGACACCGAUACCGGCACAGCGACACCGGCACCGGGUCACGGAUCGCUGUUUUGGGGGGAGUGGGAUCUGUCCUGGGGCUGGGGGUCUUAUGGCACCGGGCAUGUCCUGGGGCUGGGAAUGGUUCCUCGGGGUCUCUUGGGGCUGGGGGUGGUCCUGGGUGAAGGGUCCCACUGCCAGGUGGGUCCCGCACCCCCUCCUCUGUCUCAGGAGACCCCAGACCUGCUCCCCCCCGCGAGGCAGCACUGGGGGGGGUGUGGGGAUGACACACUUCGUUGUCUUCCAUUUUUGUCCGAUUUCCCGCGGUGUUUCUCUCCCUCUCUCGCUCCCCCAGGCAGCCCGGGCUGGGUGACCCCGCUGGAGCUGAGCGCAGCCAGAGGCUCCCCUGGGGGGGCCACCAUGGAGCCCCCCGCCCGCGCCUGCUCCUGCGGCUCCCCCGCCUCUGACAGCGGGGCCGAGGCCGGCGGCUCCCCCCGGAGCCCCCCCAAAGCCGAGCGCAGCCGCAAGCGCCCGGGGGGGCUGGAGCGGGCACCCCCCGACUCGCCGGGGGGGAAGCGCCCGCGGAAAGGGGAGGGGGGCGAUGCCCCUCCCAGCGAUGGGGAUCGCCUCUUCGCCCAAAAGUGCCGGGAGCUCCGGGGCUUCAUCCGGCCGCUGGCGGAGCUGCUGGAGGGGCUGCGCCGGGGCCGCUACGACAGAGGGCUGAGCAGCUUCCAGCAGAGCGUGGCCAUGGACCGGCUCCAGCGGAUCAUCGGCGUCCUGCAGAAGCCCGAAAUGGGGUGAGCGUCCCCGGCCACCCCCGGGGGGCGGGCACGGGGGUGUCCCCGCUGCGCAGGCGGUGACAGGAGCUCUCUGUCCCCGCAGCGCUCGCUACCUGGGGACGCUGCUGCAGGUCGAGGCCAUGCUGCGCCUCUGGUUCCCGCACGUCGCCCCCAAAGCCGCGCUGGAGCCGGCUCCCCCCGCGGCCGCCCCGCGCCGCCGCCCCCCCGCCGGUC